AUGCGUCGCUCUGCGCGUCGGUUGCAAGCGGGGGCUCUAGCAAUGCUGAUGGACACUGUCAGCACGCAGCGUGUAGAACUGGGGCCGGAGGAUAUUUACAGAAUUUGUGCCCUCUUAAAGGCGAAGGAAGACACACUGAUGCUGCAGACCAAUCAGGCUUUCCUCCACGGUAUCCGGGCACAGUAUCAAAAAAUGGACGUAGAUGCUGUGACACCUUUCCAGCGGACGUUUAUCGACGGGGCGUUUGCCGGCCUCUCUAUUGGCGUGCUUGGUUCUCACUCAGAGACUGGGAAGGGGGAGAAUGAGAUGAAGAGUGGCACUCCUGCCGGAGUCAGUGAGCAGCGGAAAGCCAGCAGAAGUGUUGCCGAUACCCUUGCGGUUGGCGCCGCUCGCACUGUGGCGACUGCCAAAGUGACCACAGCCGAUGUGUCACUUGUGGAGCCGGCUGUCGAGGAACGUAUCUCGGCUAUCUGGGAGUCAGUGCAGGAGUGUCAAAGCAACAAAUUUGUGAGCUCUGAUGGGAUGCGGCGUAUCAAAAGCCACUGCAAGGCACUUGAGCGGCAGCUUCGACAAAUGAAGCCGUUUGAAGUCGUAUCCCUUGUGAAGGCGCUAGCCACAAUUCAUUACCAAGACUACACAUUUACGAAUCUUCUCACCCGACGCAGCUGCGAAGUUGCCUCAAAGUUCUCGUCCUCGGAGCUGUGCAGAACAUACUUCAACUUGAGCAAGCUGCAGAGCCAUGACUCCAUGGUGGCCUUUGUGAACCAAAUUGAGGCACAGAUGGAGAAAUUGCAUCAGGAGCAGGUGCAAUUUGUUGCGAUGGCGCUUGAACGGCAACCACAAAUAGCUUCAGCUCCGGCACGCAUGGUGCCGAAGCUCUUAACACGGGCGGUGCACCACUUACCAGAGACGGAGGGGGCGGCGUACCACCGAACGCUGUUGGUCGUGGCAGCGCGUUAUAAUCUGCGUCGCCAUCCUUCAGUGAACAAAAUAUUUCUUGACUCCGCCAGGCACAUGGAGAAUAUCACUGAGCGAGACCUCCUCGCAAUCCUGCAGGCUGCUGUGGAUCUUGGCAUUUCUGUCAAUACACCCGGGUUGGCAGAGCUUUUGAAGAAGGCAGAAUCCAUUGUGGAGACGGUGGAUAUUCGAAACAUUGACGCUUUCAUGGACAUACUCUCCGUGCUUCCCAUCGACACUGGUGCCAUCAUGGCGAAAGUGAUGCAGCGCCUCGCCGUAGAUGCAGGCAAACUGUCGAUACCGCAGGUGGUUUUUACUCUCGACCUUAUCUCCAGUUAUCCGCCUGCGAAGGGCGACCCGUGUAUCGCGGCGUUGGUGUUUGCUGCUUCCCUUCGCGCUGAUUCUUUUGAUGGGGAGGGGUUAGAACAAGUGGUGCUAAACCUGGCGCAGCUGCAGCAAUUCUCCGAUGACUUCUACGUCCUGGUGUCAGUUCUGCAGAAUAAUAAAGGUGGUUUCCGAAGCUUCGACAGGUUGGCCAGCCUGAUGAAGUGCUGCACACAAGAGGUUGUGACGGAUGUGAGGGGACAGGACAUGAUCACAAAGGGGAUUCUCGGGUUGGCACCCACCAUGAACGAUGAGGAACUUGCUGAAUCCCGCAAGAUGCUCUCGCGGAUUGGCGUGAAUGACAAGAACGUCCAUCAGAUGAUCUUCCGUCGCGCUAAACAGCUCCAGCGAGAGUCUGGGGGUCGCUGGGCCAAGCGUGGCCAUAACACCUCCGAUGACUUUGUCUAG